AUGACUACAGGCCAAUACCAUUGGGUCCACUGUCUCACGCCUUCUUCCUAUCGAGCUACAGCAUCAUGGUUCACCGGAUGGAUUUCGAUCGGUGGACAACUCGUCCUCGCGGCUUCUGCAGCAUUCGCGUCAGGACUACAAUUGCAGGCGCUCAUUACCAUAAAUAAUCUUGACACAUAUAUCCCUACCAGAUGGCAAGGAAUGCUCUUCUACUGGUUGAUUUUGGCUUACUCAACCGCGGUGAAUAUCUUCGGCUCUAAGAUUUUACCCCAUACUAAUACUGCCGCUGGAAGUGAGACAUGGGGUCAUCGGCUGAUGCAUGGUAUAGGAAUUUUGCACGUUCUUGGCUUCAUCGCCAUCGUCUCUGUUCUCGGAGCGAUGUCGUCAAAACACUCUUCUGAUUACGUGUUCAAGGAGUUCUCUAACACCAGUGGCUGGUCAAAUGAUGGAGUCUCUUGGUUGGUGGGAUUGCUCAGUACCGUAUACCCCUUUCUUGGUUAUGAUGCCGCCUGUCAUAUGAGCGAAGAGUUACCAAAGCCAUCUCGGAAUGUCCCCCUGGCAAUGAUUGGUAGUGUUGCUAUCAAUGGAGUGAUCGGACUAGUCUAUACGAUCGUAUUGUUGUUCUCCUUGGGCAACCUCGAAAACCUUCUUGAGUCAAAGACCGGUUUUCCAUUCAUGCAGCUAUUCUUGAAUGUAACUGGCUCACCCGCUGGGGCGUCUGUCAUGGCUCUCUGCAUCACACUGAUUGCCCUUGCUGCUAAUGCCGCCGGCACAACCUCGACCAGCCGUACAGCCUGGGCCUUUGCACGCGAUCGUGGUUUACCAGCAUCUAGCUUUUUCUCACAUGUGAAUCCCACACUCAAAGUGCCUGUUCGCAUGAUCUUGGUGGUCGGGUUUCUGCAAAUGCUUCUGGGACUAAUCUACCUUGGGAGCACAACUGCUUUUAACGCGGUCUUAUCCAUGGCUAUCUUGGGCAUGUAUGCCUCAUAUUUUUCACCGAUUCUAUUUAUGCUUAUCUAUGGCCGACGAAAAUCUUCGUCAACUAUACGGGGACUAGGUUCAGGCAUGUUUAAUCUUGGACCUAGAUGGGGACCUGUGAUCAAUGUACUCGCGUUGCUCUGGCUUGUCCUCGCGAUGGUAUUCAGCACGUUCCCUACCGUUGAGCCGGUGACUCCUAACAAUAUGAAUUAUUGUGUUGUCGUGACUAUGGGCUGGGCAUUCCUUGGCGCGGUAUACUAUUAUGUCUUUGCGGGAAAGAAACGAUUUACUGGUCCGAUUGUGGAGCUGGCUGAGGAUAUCUAG